GUCAUUUAGACCAGAGGUUCAGACAUUCUGCAUAUAACAGCACUCACUGGUGCACAAAGAGGAACAAAUCGCUUGAAUUUUUAUCACAAAAUGAUUUCUAGAUUUUAUUUUCAGUUUUUCUGGAUGGGGAUCGUGUCUGUAGUCGCACUGGAAAAAGGUCCAGGUUGCACUGAGGUGCUAAACGAAGGCACUGGACAAGAAAAGACAUUGGCGUUCUAUUACAACGGGGACAUCGAAGCUUGUCUCCCUUUCUUCUACAAAGGAGAGGGCGGCAACAACAACCGAUUCGCCAGCGAAAAGCAAUGCCUGGCAAAUUGUUCCUCAAAAUAUAAGGAACUCUAUCCGGAAGGAGAGGAAGUGUGCAAUUUACAGAUGGACCCGGGCAGUUGUUUUGCCAGAAUUGUCAAGUUUUACUACGACAAAGAGGAGAAAGCCUGCCGCCUGUUUCUUUAUGGAGGCUGUCAAGGAAAUGGCAACCAUUUUGAGACUAAAGAAGAUUGUGAACAAAUGUGUCGAGGAAAGGCUGGAAGGACAUUAGGAGGAGCUCCCAGUCCUGAUGAGCAAACGGUGGAUGUGGGUUUGAUUGUGGGCAUUCUGGGUGGUGUUGUGUUUGCAGUGGCAGUGAUUGCUACUAUUGCACUACUCGUAGUCCAAAGGAAAGCCAAACGUACUGACAUGAAGAAAGUGCCCACAACUGAUGUUGAAAUGACCUAAUGACGUUAAUGAAAUGAGCUAGAUAAACAGAAGGCCAGGGCUUUGUGUUUGUGUGUGUGUUUUUUUGUAUAACCUUUUUAUUACUCAACUGGAUUUUUAAUAAGAACUAUAAACCUUUAAUAAAAUAUAGUUUGAGUUUAAUAACUGAAUACACAACAUACAAGAUAAAAUAUUAAUAUGAAUAGAAUAUCCUAGCAUUUAAGUGCUAAUUGACUCUAAUUUGGCAUAACAUUGGCUAACAUUAGAAAUGUACAGUAAAUUUAACUGCUGCAGCACGUGUAAAUGUUGUAUUGUUUUACAUAAAAAUAAAGUGGGUUUGUUUUACCUAAAAAUGAAGUGUGCAUGAAUGUCUAUUUUAUUACUUUUAUAUUUACUGAUUUUAUUAUUUAUUAAGAAAUCUGUCUUUUGUAAAUGAAGUCACCGCUGAUUUCUGCUCUAUUGUUGAGUCUAUUGUAAAUUUGUCAGCAUUCUGUUAAUAUGACACUGAAAUCUGUUUUAAAGAUAAAAGCAUGAAUGCUGAAUACAUGUGACCCAGAUUUUUUAACCCUUUGCAAUAAUUGUGGCUAAAUUAAAU